CGUUCCUGUUUCCAUUGUCUCUGUCUCUCAUCAUGUUGUGCCGCCACCGGUCUUCGCUCUGUCGGGCGCUCCUGGGAAUACUAUCUUUCUCAAUACUCCCCGUGCGAGCUGACUACUUCACCGAACCGCCUAGUUUCGAAAUUGACCGGAGUGGUGCCCGUGUGACUGUCCCGGAUCUAAACAGCACUUAUGUACUCGGACAAAAGGUUCACAUCACAUGGGAAGUCCCAACUGUGCCAUGGAUCUCUCUGAGUCUUGUGCACUGGGGACAGGACGCCGGCAUAGCUAUCAUAUAUUUCAUCACUAAUGACAGAAACAAUGGGUAUUACACGUGCUGCAACCCCAACUUCGCUCUGAGAAUCAUCGACCCAACCGGAAAUUAUACCCGGACUGAUGCGCCUGCGGGCUUCAUCGACAACGGACUGCAGAGCCGUGGCUUCGUCAUCAAAGCAAACGCGACAUCCGAUCCAGCGACGGAGUCGGCCGCUCCCUCAGCGGGUGCAGCGAACCUCUCCACCGGCGCCGUGGCUGGAAUCGCCGUGGGUUGCGCAGCGGUCGGGGCUCUAGUAGCCUCGGCUCUCUGUUUCUGGUUCCUACGCAAGCGCAACCGGCCGGCACAUGUUUCGAGCACGGGAAACCAGGCUCGCCAUCCCACGCCGACGCUGCAUCCCGUUGUGCAUCAGCAGAUGCGCCACGACUCGGCGUAUGCCAAGCCCAACUCAUCCGGCGACCACGUGUUUGUGGUGCCGCCGGCUCGUCAACUGUCGCACCAGACUAGUAAUGUCAGUCCGAUCAGCCGGCGACAGACUCCUCCGCCAUCGUACCCGUCAUCGGUGGAAGAGUACCAGAGUCCGAUGACGGAGCUGCCUGGCGCCCGAGAGCCUCAGGAAGUGCCGGCGACGAAUUCGAGGUACCCGCCAGAACUUGCGGGAUCCCAACGACAUUGA